AUGGUAAAGAAAUGUAAAGGAGUUCCACUUGCAAUAAGGAGUUUAGGAAGCCUCAUGAGUUUGAAAACUAAAGAGAGUGAGUGGUCUUCCAUUUUAGAAAGUGACUUAUUAAAGUCAUUUCAAACAAGUGAGAAUGAGAAUGUUCUUUCUGUGCUGAAGUUGAGUUACUAUCACUUGCCCACUUAUUUAAGGCAAUGUUUCACUUAUUGUGCCAUGUUUCCCAAAGAUUACGAAUUCGAUAAAGAAACAUUGAUUCGUUUGUGGAUAGCGCAAGGAUACAUUGUCUGCUCAAGUAAGGAUGACGAUUUAGAGGAUAUUGAGAUCAAGAUUUCAAUGAAUUAUUAUGUCGAUCAUUCUUCCAUCAGUCAGAAAGUUUCAAAUUUUCAAAGGUUACGUGCCUUGCAUUUAGGGUGGAAUAUAAAGGGAGUACCAAAUUCAAUAGCAAGAUUGAAGUAUUUGAGAUAUCUUGACAUUUCUAGGUGUAAGAUGGAAACGCUCCCAAAGUCCAUAAAUAAUUUGCAAAACUUGCAAACUCUAAUACUCUCAUAUUGUAGAAGGCUUCGAGAAUUGCCGAGAGAUAUAGAAAAAUUGAUCAGCCUUAGGUGCCUCAUGAUUAAUGGAUGUGAGAGCCUAAGAUGCAUGCCAAUUGGAUUGGGGAAAUUAACUUGUUUGCGCCAACUGUCAGAUUUUGUGGUGGCAUGGGAUGAAGGCUCUAAGGGGGCUAUGCUAAAUGAAUUGAAUAGCCUAAACCAACUUAAGGGAAGGAUUGUCCUCCAUGACCUUAUAAAUGUGGAAAAUGUUGAGAUAGAGUCCAACCAAGUGAAUUUAAGGGAAAAGAAACACCUCCAGUAUUUGGUGUUACGUUGGAGUUUUUCUUUUCUUUACGAGGAGACUGGAGUUGAAAAGAAUGAAUUAUUUUUAGAAAAGCUUGAACCUCAUCCAAAUUUACAAUCCUUGGUUGUGGAAUCUUUCAUGGGUGUGAGAUUUUCAAGUUGGUUGUCUUCUAUCACAAAUUUAGUAGAAAUUAAGCUUUUUCAUUGUAAAAAAUUGAAGCAGCUACCACCAUUGCACCAACUCCCUUCUCUAAAAACCCUUUGUCUUGAAGAACUUGUUUCUCUGGAGUAUAUAUCAGAUGAGGUGCCUUCCUUUUUGGCAUCGCCAUCAAUUACAUUAUUCCCAUCACUGCAAGAGAUUGAACUCAAUGAUUGCUAUAAUUUGAGAGGAUGGUGGAGGAAGAAGAGGAGUGGGGUUGAACUUGCUCAAUUUCCUUGUCUUUCAAAAAUGCAAAUCCGGGACUGCCCCAAGCUUAUUGUAGAUGAUGGUGAAGUCAUUGAAUGGGGAAGUUUCAGGAGUCUUCAAUCUCUUUCUAUUGGAUUUCUUUCAGAAUGGACAUCUCUACCAAAGGGGCUUCAAUUUGCGACAAACCUGCAAGAGCUCACCAUCGAUUAUUGUUCUAGUUUGAUGGCUUUACCAGAUUGGAUAGGCAACCUCACAUCCCUUCAACGGCUAGAAAUUUCCUAUUGCCCUGAUUUGAGAUCGCUGCCUGAGGGAAUGCAUUUACUGACUUCUUUACAGAAGUUGAAGAUUACAGGAUGCCGCGAGUUGUCUGCAAGAUGUAUGAAGGAAAAGGGUGUGGAUUGGCCAAAGAUUGCUCACAUCCCUAAUCUCGAGAUUCAACCUCCAGGUUUUUGA